AUGUGGGCUUACACUUUUUUGGGUUGUGUUCUUCAAUGGCCAAACGGCAGUAGCAAGCCGUAUUCAGCUAAUUUCGUUCGCGACUGGCUGCCUGCCGUUAACAUACCCGGUUCCACUGCCUAUUCGGGUCUCGAAAAUGGAUGUCGAUUCUUCGUCAUCUUCACCAUCGGAGCGGCUGUCGGUUGUGUGUUCUGCUUCUGCCGAGUACAGCUCCAAUUCCUCCGAACACUCACCACAUUCCAGGAGGCGAUGGAGCAGCGCAUACUAGCCCUUUCACAGGAGAAUCAUUUGCUGAAGUCUCGCUUGGAAUCUCGAACAGCGGCAGAAAGCCUACUUCAGACUGCUCGGCCCGACUUUCCCGCUUUCCCUCCACAAAGCAGCACGCCUCUGUUCACUCAUCAACUGCAAACGUCGUCUGUCGGUUUGCCGUCGUUGACGGUUCCUCCACUGCCUAAUCUGCAUACGACAACCGUCUCCAAUAUUCCACUGUCACACGUACCACUGCUUCCCUCCACUUCUCAGUUGCCAAUCGUGCAACUCUGUCAACUGCAGGCUGCCAUUCAUCAGCAGUACCGCUCCACGCCCUCGUCGUCAGUGUUUUCCGUCGGUUCUGCCUUCCAGCCUUUUCAUGCUCACAAGGAAUCCGUAAUCAUGAAAGCGGAAAGGAUAAGCCCGGACUCAAGCAGCGAUCGUAUAGAACGUGUCAUUCAGAGAGUUCCAUCGCCUCAACAACUCCAUCAGGAACGUGCACCUUCCCAAUCAUUGCUAGGCGCUCUUCUUGCCACUCGGCGAACGUCACCAGCCGUUCCACAAAGCAGAACAGAACAUCACAGUCGCCUCGGAAGCCCUCCUAGGCUUUCUCCGUCGAAGUCCGACUGUGAGUCGAUUUCGUCGUCAGCAUCUCUCUCACCUUCACAGUCAAGCGAGGACCAUCCUGAGUCAUCAGCGAUCAGGCGAGCUCUUGACGGCAACAGUUCAGAUGACAAAAAGGAGCAGUACAUGGACCGGCGUCGGCGGAACAACGAGGCUGCCAAGCGCUGCCGAGCAAAUCGACGAGCAGUAUUCGAGUAUAGAAGUCGUCGUGUACAAUUACUUGAAAGCGAAAACGACCAGCUGAAAGAGGAGAUCGCCAAAUUGAAAAGAGAAGUCGACCAGUUCAAAUCGAUGCUCACCGCUCAGAACAUUAUGGACACACAAUAA